AUGCUGAGCCGAGGUCACAACCUUUCUUCACUGUGCUCUGUGACCUGGGACCGGGUCACGUGCUGGCCCUUCGCGUCCCCCGGCACUACCGUCCACCUGCCGUGCAUGAGGGAGUUAAAUGGCGUUUUUUAUGACCAGAGAGACAACGUGAGCCGUUUCUGCCAAAGUGACGGAACUUGGGAGCCCCGCAGUAACUACAGUGCCUGUCAGCCAAUCGUCCCUUCCCUUCACAGCACGACCGACAGAAUCAUAAUGGGUGGAAUGAGAGACGUCACCCUGUCGGAGAAUUUAGCAACACUGCACCUACUAGGCUAUGCUGUUUCUGUGGCUGUGCUGGGUAUUGGCCUCUUCAUCUUCAUCAGGUUCAAAGACCUGAGAUGUGUCCGUAAUACUAUCCACAUUCACCUGAUGCUCACUUACUUACUGCUGGACACUUGCUGGCUCCUGGCCGCUACCUCCCAGCUUUCUCGCCUGCUGAUGAACCUGAAACACUGCAACUUAUGA